AUGGUUGAAGUUUACGAGUAUCACCUCAGGCCGACGGCCUUGGUUCCCAAUUCCCCUCAGCCCCUCUUAUUUUAUAAGGGACUGAUGUCCGAAGCCCAUCGUGCCCCGGCGAAGAUUCACGAUCUGUUCGACAAGAACGAAUGGGAGACCCAAUGGAUAUUUCGCUAUGGGCCGACUCAAGAAUCUCACUAUCAUUCCUCCAUCCACGAGUGCAUGGCUGUUUUGUCUGGCAGCGCAACGAUUCGAUUCGGUGUCGCAGACACUGACAACGACCUUGAAAGGAGUACCUGGGGCGGUGCGAAGGAAGACGGCGGAGUCGAGAUCGAAGCCCAAGCCGGCGAUGUUUUUGUGAUCCCGGCUGGUGUAGCGCACAAGACGUACAACACUAGCCCAGGUGCUCCCUUUUCCUUACUCACCCCUGGGACGGGACGUGGAAUACACGCCGACAACGUCAAAGAGGCUUUGGAGAAGAUCCAGCUUUCAGGAUACACCAUGAUGGGCGCAUACCCCAAGAAUUGUGGUGACUGGGAUUUCUCGGUGGGUGGUGAUGAUGUUGGGAACUUCGAGCGGAGUUGGACAGUCCCGAAGCCUGAGAAAGACCCUUUUCUAGGUAGCGCACCUGAGGGUCUAUGCGGAGAGUGGAGGUCGAUUUCGUCUUCCACGCUUGGAAGGAAACGCGCUGGUGCAAAGCAAUAG